UACUGCUAAUGCUUCCUGUCCACGCAAAGUAAUAAAACACAUCAACGAAAAGCUGUCCGUUCCCGGUUCGUAAAGAACAGCCCGAGAAUUUGCCGUUGAACAAACGAGUCCUCGCAAACCACCGACGGCGUACCUUCCGCCGAACGCGCAAAAGCUUCCGUUCAUGGCGGAGCUGCAGUCCAAGGGCAUUCUGAAGUCGAAAUCGGGCUGCGUUGGACUGUUUCCCGCCGAUCUCAACUCGGAACUAAAGUCGCGCCUGAAGAAGUCUACCCACUCUGCCGUGAGCAAUCUUAAGAAAUCGACCACCGUUUCUAGUAUCGACGGGAGCUCGCUGCUGUGUCCAACACCGGGAGCCAACGUUUCCUCAUCCGAAUCCGAGGACGAUGAUGACGGGGUGGCACCAGGGAAGAACCUAGCGAAAAUGCUGCGUAACGUUUCGAACACGGCGGUCAACACUGCCGGUGCUGGCAGUGGCGGCACGAUCAUCCCACCUUCCUACAUACCCCUGCCGAUAGGCAGUGGUGUCAGCAGCAGUCCUUUCCAUCGGCCUCCAGUCACUGGCGAAGCAGAGGGGGUUCCCACUGGCGGUGGUUUUAGUCGAGAGUAUUCGAUCAACAAAAACCCUGCCGUUGCAAGGCGUCGUCGACAAAAUGAAGGGUACAAGCAGCAACAGUUGAUCAAAAGCAAGAGCCAAUCGGAGCUAGCCACCUUCAUUCCGGCGUCGGCCAUCAUCUACCACAACAACGCGCUCAACAGCAGCGUUGCGAACCCAGCGGCACCGUCCAGCAACAGUGCUGCGAGAAGUAAUGAGUUCGCUGCUGGCAAAAGCAGCAGCAACGUCGUUUCCUCUGUAGCGGCUGCCGACCUGGCCAGAGCACGGGCCGCGAACCGCGGGACACUUCAGGAGCCUAACAGCAACAGCAGCCGCAGCAACAGCAGCAGCUUCGGGCAGGAGGAGUUUGGUGGAUUUCCCGCGUUCAGUGCCCUGCGCCGGUGUUUGACGGAGGAAAUGCGACCCGACCAGGACUCGAUGGUGAAGAGCGUGUCCAUCGCCGACCGGCUGGCCGCUCUCAAGAAGAGUGGCGAGGAUGAUUGGCGCAAGCGCGUAUCCAAGAAGGACGUCCCCGACGAUGUGCGGCGGGAAAAUCUUGUCAAUAAUGCACUUCUCGUUGCCAAGUCCCUCGAGAGCCCGGUGAAGAACAACUCACCUCGACCGUUCAGUCGGCCGACCGAUCUAGAAGGGGGGAACAUUUCCGACCGCUUGGGACAGAUCAAGACAUCGUCGGAGCACUGGAAAACCCGCGUCGAACUAUCCGAUGCGACGAACUUCACCGUUGCUGGCCGCAUGGUCCCCAGCAAAUCGCCCAAGUUACCGUUUAUCAAGUCGGACACGAAGCAGUCUCCUCCGAUGCACGUGUUCCGCAGCGUCAACCCACCGCAGCUCGGGCUCGCCAAGAGCCCCUCAAUGAUGGUCUCCUCCGUGGUGACCUCCUCCACCGUGUAUGGCCAGCAGCAGCACCAGCAGCAACAUUCAUCGAACCUAUCUAGUCCCGCUCCUGCUGCCGCUACUGUGCCACAACCCCAGCAGCCACAGCAGCGUGUUGUCGAGAGUCUUAUGAAGCGCAGCAUUAGCGUGCCCGGGGUACCGGUAGGGAGCGUCUCCGUCGGUACGGCCGGCGACCUACACUCAUCCGCCUUCGGUUCGAAGGUGUCCAUUCCGAAGCUGGACGAUGAAAGUUUCGGCAAGUUCUUCGGGAAGGUGGCAACUCACAGCAGUAGCAGCGCGGUCAGUUCCUCGAGCUUCAAAACGUCAUCGAUUUCCUCGCUAAUAAAGACGUCAAGUAGCGGGGAACCAGGCGAAGUGACGCUCAGUGAUCUCGACACGCUCAAGACCAGCGGCGCGAAGCUGACGCAGAAGAAGGUCGUGCAAGGACCGCGCGGUCGUCGAGCGAUGUCCCGCAACCCACUGAAAACGUUGGCCGCCCGAGACGACCUGCAGACGGAGUACACCGAAAUCAAGACAGGUAUCGCCGACAAGGAGUUGCGAAGACUUAAACUAGAAGCAAUCGCCAAAACUAGUAAUCUGGCCGUCGAAGCGCUAGCCGGCUUGGCGUCCGUUGAAGAUUUCAAAUCGGUCAGUCUCAAGUCGAGCACGCUGCCCCUGAACCAAUCGUUUGUCCCGUACAAACCGCUCAUGCUGCUGCAGGUGAAGGGCCGCCGCCACGCACAAACCCGGCUCGUCGAGCCAAUCGCCCGCUCGGUGAACCGGGGCGACUGCUUCAUCGUCGUGACGGCCGACCGGCUGUUUGCGUUUCUCGGACAGUACGCGAACGUGAUCGAGCGGUCACGCUGCAAGGAAAUCUGCGAGCAGAUUGUCCGCGACAAAGAUCUCGGCUGCACGGCAGCCAGCGUCACGUUUCUCAACGAUGGUGGCCCCGGUGGUGCUUCGGAGCGUCACUGGCUCGAGUUCUGGCAGCUGCUCGGUCGCGAUCGGGAGCAAGCCGAAGCGGAAGUGUGCGAUUCGGGGCACCCCGACGAGGACGAGCUGUUCGAGGCGUGCUUGAUCGAGUCCAACAUGGUGUACGAGUUUGCGGACGAUGCCCUGGUUCCGGUGGCCGAACUCUGGGGCACGAUACCGCGCAUCGGAAUGUUGGACGCCGCCAAGGUGCUAGUUUUCGACUUCGGCUCGGAGCUGUACAUCUGGAGCGGCAAAAACGCUCCCUCGGAGCGCAAACGGGCUGCCCUGCGGUUGGCGCAAGAACUGUACGCGGCCAGCUACAGCUACGACGAGUGUCAGCUGAGCCCGCUCAACUUCGCCGAGCUGGCCGGUGAUCGACCACGGGAUGCCGGGCGUCUCACGAAGACGGGCAAUGGGCGGCCCGAGUGGGCAUUGAUCGGUCGGGUGACCCAGCACAUGGAGACGGUGCUGUUCCGGGAAAAGUUUCUCGACUGGCCCGACAUUACGGUGCAAUUUCGGGACGAGUUCCCGCUCGUGGCUGGGAGCGCAGGAGGCGGCGACGGUGGCUCGUUCGGAAUGGAAAUCAAGGCCCUCGAUGGUGGGCAAAUGUAUCGUGCCAACGAAUCCUACGCCGAGCCGAACCUGGUGCUGGAGCACUCCAACCUGGGGCGAGGCAAUUUCUACUACGAUCAGGAGUCGAUGCGCCACUUUGACGUGCUGACGCACUCCGUUACGCAGUGGGAGAUCGACGGCUACGAGCACAAACCGGUGGGUGGCAGCUCGCUUGGCCACUUCUAUUCCGACACCAGCUACACCGUGCGCUGGAUGUAUCAGAUCAGCGUAACGGUGCGCGAGCUGAGCGGGAAGGUGUCCAACCGGAGCACGGUCGUCGGCCGUGAUCGGUGCGCGUACUUCACCUGGCACGGCAAGAACGCCCCGGCCAACGAGAAGGGAGCGGCCGCCUUGCUCACCGUCGAGCUGGACAAGGAGAAGGGCUCACAGGUGCGGGUGACGCAGGGCCAAGAGGCGCCCGCUUUCGUGCGCCUCUUCAAGCUGAUGUUCGUCCACCGGAGCCGACGCGGUGAGCCGAAGUACGGUUGGCGGAUGUACGUAGUGUCCGGGAACGAGUCGGAGGAAAGCGUUUGCACCGAGGUGGAGUGCAGUAUGCGCCAGUUGCGUUCCCGUGCCGCGGUGCUCCUCGUACACGGAGCGCGCGGAAGAGUGCUACUCUGGGAGGGCUGUAAAGCCCUGCCACACGCACGGGAGGUGGCGGCCAACGCCCUGAAGCUAGUGCUGGAAGAGCAAUCCCCGGAGCUGUUCGACAACAGCACGGUCAGCAACCUAUCGUCUGCGGUGCUAGAAGAGGGUCGCGAAACGGAGGAGUUCUUCGGUGCAGUCGGUGGUCAAAAUCGCCAUCACUACCACAGUCUGCUAGGAUCGUGCCAAAGCUACGACUACACACCACGCAUCUUCCACCUGACGAGCAUCAACAAUGGGAACUUCGAGGCGACGGAGCUGCAGUACGCGCUGCGCUCGCGGGACCGCCCGACGGCAUAUCCGUUCCGGCAGGACGAUCUCUACCUGGCCCGCCAGCCAACGAUCUUUCUGAUCGACAACGGGCACGUCCUGUGGCUGUGGCAGGGUUGGUGGCCCCACGAGGACGGUUCCGGCAGUGACAAUGGCAGCGGCGGCGAAACCAAUCACAGUAGCUUCGACAGCAAUCGUUCCGGUGAAAAUCGCUGGCAGAUGGAACGGCGCGUUGCGAUGGAAACGGCCGUCUCCUACUGGAAAGCGAAACAGCAGCAGGAGCGAAACGGAAGCGAAGCCGUGAUUGGUGGCCGAAGUGUGCCGUGCAAUGGAAAUGGUGCGAUCUCAUCGUCCGCCACUGCAGAAGCCCUGCGCGAUGAAAACGGAAACGAUGAAGGUAUCGAUGAAGUGGACGCCCAUCCGUACGGCAAACCAACACCCGUCAGCAGCGUGGACGUCAACAGUGCGGCGGAUCGUCGGGGAGACUCGUCGGACACGGUGAAUGGGUUCGUCGUGUGGGCUGGGUUGGAACCGCUUGAAUUCAUUGCCAUGUUCCCGGAGUGGAUUCAACAGGAUGAUGUUGCCGAAAUUAGUGUACAGGAUGGUCGUAAAUCGACACCGCAACCGAUCUACGACAGUCUUUCGCUACUGUCACGCAAAGAGUACCCGGUUGCCGUUCUGCUGGAGCGCCCGCUCCCCGAAGGGGUCGAUCCGACCAAGCUCGAACUGUACCUCCACGAGCACGACUAUCCGGAGGCGCUCGGAAUGCCAAAGGCGGAGUACGAUCAGCUGCCAGCCUGGAAGCAGACGAAGCUGAAGAAGGAGCGCGGUUUGUUUUAACGAGAUUGAGAUAGGGAACAACCGAGAAGAGAAGCCAGUUUGCCAGGAGGCCGGCCGGAACUUCAGAUUUCAGCAAGAUAGAGGAUAAAGUGUUCUCUCGUGUGUGUUUCUAUGUGUGGCCUGUAGUAAGAUUCGUCUCUCUCCCAGCGCCAGCAGGGGCGCACUAUAUUCGUGUUCAGUUUCUGUGCUAUUAUUUUAUGGCGGUGUUUUAAAGAAAUUACUUAUCAUUCGUCCCUGGAAUUUGGGCGUGUUUUGUCACGGGUUGGGAGCUUAACUGCUGCUCACCCCCCUGUGUCGUGUUGCGUAAAGAAUGUUUUAUCUUCGAGAGAUUACUUUUUACGUUUUGUUACAUUUUUUUAGUUUUGUUUAUUCAAUGCAUGCUGUCUUUCCAAUUUUAAAAUAUAAGUACAUUUUUGUUUUAGUGUUUGAAUUUUUUUUUCUGUUCUCUUAUGAACGCAACCGAUCCGCGAACGUUCAAUCAUCGUUUCUUGCCAUUCGUUAUAACGUGCACUUCUUCUCUGUUUCGCUUUCGGGCCUCAGGUUUUUGUUUGCCUACAGCUAAAAUAAUUCAAUAAUAAAUAGAGGCCCUUCUCAUUUUCAGUGUUCGUAAAGUAAUCGACCGCCGCGAACAAUUGCUAGUCUUUAGACACAGUUCCCCGCAGUUAAGCCCACAGCAUCCACGUAACGGUGUCUGUAACGUUGUUUUUUGUUUAUCAUUCUCAUUAUUCAUAUUAUUUGCUGUGUGGUGUUGUUUUUUUUUUCGUUACCUAUGACAUACUCUUUUAUUUAUUACUUCCGUCACAGUUGCCGUCACCGUUAGUGUCCUAGUAAUGAUGAUAGAGUUUAGCAGGUGCGAAAGGCUCUUCCCUUCAGGAUGGUAUAGGUUUUGAAAUUGUGUGAGAAAACUACCAGGAGGAGCAUUGUGUUUAAGGUGUAGUGAAAGUGAAAGCAGAAACACUAGAGGCCACUAGCGAUCUGUAAACAUGGAUACUUUGUACUUAUCUCGAAAACAUAGACCACAUGCGGCGGCAUUAGGGGGAGCAAGAAGAAAGUAAGCUUGUGGAUUGUGAACAUAUAUUUUAAGUAAUAAAGAACGAAGAUUUCGAAACGACAACACGACGACGAACGGCGCUCAAGGGCAGGAUUGGUAUACAUGUCCGCGUGGCAUGAAGCGCGUGUGUGUUUGUGUAUACACGUGUAUGAUAUUUUUACUUUAUAAAAAUCAAGCAAACAAGUUUUCCUUACACGAGAUCCGGUCUCUCGGGACAACGUAAUCGUUGCCUAAACCUUAAACGAUGCCCACGGAAAGUGUGUUCUCUACCAGUAGCCCCCAAAGUGACAUGGAGCUCCAUAUUAUUAUUUGAAAAUAUUUCAGUUUACAUCACCAAGAUUCGAAGCUGGAUCUUUUGUAGCUACAGCUGCAGGAUACACGCUCUUCUAGGCAACCAGACACCAGGAGCCUUCCGGAAGGCGAAAGAUUGAAUUCAGUAAAGAACCUGCUCUAAUCGGUGAGCAUUGUGUGGAAUGGUGCAAUAUAUCAUGUGUGAUUGGCAGACGGAGGAACAGGAGGAAAAACACGCAGCAGUGAUUACACCCUAAACUUUGUUGUCACCUUUUAGUUUUCUAGUUUUGUUCAUUGUGUGGACUUUACUGCCGCCUCAGCCACAUAUCUUGUCUGCUUUCUUUGUAUAAAAUAUUUACAUUGAUAUUUGACUUAUUUAGUAACAUAGAGUAGCUGAUAACGAACGCUGAUGUGACGAAAAAGGGGCUAACACGGGAAAGAACCCGUCGUGGCCCGGAAGCCCAAAAUGAACCCAAAUAAAAACCGUGAAAAGCU